CCCGGGUUCUCCUCUGGCUCCAAUGAGGUGCGCGCCCAGCUGACGGUGAUCAGUGAUCGACUGGUUCUGGUUCUGGUCUGGUUCUGGUUCUGGUCUGGUUCUGGUUCUGGUCUGGUCUGGUUCUGGUCUGGUUCUGGUCUGGUUCUGGUUCUGGUUCUGGUUCUGGUUCUGGUCUGGUUCUGGUUCUGGUUCUGGUUCUGGUCUGGUUCUGGUCUGAUGGAGGGUCAUCGGGUUAGGGUUCCGCUCCUCCUCUUCCUCACGCUGCUGCUGAGCUGCUGCGGGGCCGAUGAAGAGGUUCUGGUGAACACCAAGUUGGAGACGUCGGACCUCCGAUGGACGACACAUCCACCUGAAGAUCCACAGUGGGAGGAGCUGAGCGGAUUGGACGACGAGUCCAACAGCGUGCGGACCUAUGAGAUCUGCACCCCGGACAGCCCGGCCUCCUAUUGGCUGAGGACCCGCUGGAUCCCCCGCCGGGCCGCGACCACGGUCUACGUGGAGAUCCGGUUCACCAUGGUGGAGUGUGCCAGUCUGAACCGGCGUCACUGCAAGGAGACCUUCAACCUGUACUACUACCCGUCCGACAGCGACGAGGCCACGCCCACACACCCGGCCUGGAUGGAGAACCCGUACUCCAAAGUGUCCACGGUGGCGGCCGACCACCUGAUGACGAAGGGCGGGCGCUCCAACGUCAAGCUGCUGCGUCUGGAGCGCCUGCAGGGGGCGGGGCUUUACCUGGCCUUCCACAGCCAGGGCGCCUGCAUGGCGCUGCUCUCCGUACGCGUCUUCUACAGGAAGUGCCCGUCCCUCCGCCGCGCCUUCGCCUCCUACCCCGAAACCAUCCCCCACUCCCUGGUGGAGCAGGCUCAGGGUGUGUGUGUGGAGAAUGCUGUGACUCCGCCCGGUGAGCAGUCUCAACCUCCCAGCAUGCUUUGCGGCGAGGAUGGGCAGUGGGUGGGCCAGCCGACAUCCAGCUGUGCCUGUCGCCCCGGAUACGAGGCGGGCGACACCAACGUGCGCUGUCGAGCGUGUCCGUCGGGUCAGUUUAAGGCGGGGUCAGGACCAGGUGAGUGCAGCCGGUGUCCAGACAGGAGCAACACGCUGAUCCCAGGCUCCGCCUACUGCCUCUGUCACCAUGGUUACCACCGGGCCGACUCCGACCCGCCGCACGCCGCCUGCACACGCCCCCCCUCUGCUCCGCGCUCCAUUGUGAGUCAGAUCAACGACAGCUCGGUGACUCUGGAGUGGAGCGAACCGCUGGACCGAGGAGGACGAGGAGACCUGAACUACAGAGUCCUCUGCUCCACCUGUGGGACCGCAUCCAAGGUACAGCACCAGGACCAGCUGGACCAGGUAGACCAGGGAUUGGUCGGUUCCUGUUCUCCGUGUGAUGACAGCGUCCUGUACCGUCCGGCGCAGCGUGGUCUGACUCAGCGCCGCGUCUCUGUGUGGGGACUCCGCCCCCAAACCAAGUACAUCUUCACCGUCCAAUCACUGAACGGCGUCUCUGCUCUCAGCCAAUCAGAGCCGGCCUCCGACAGAGUCAACGUCACCACCAGCAGAGACGUUCCUCCUCCAGUGUCGGGUCUGAGGAGGGCGGCGGCCUCAGAGUCCAGUCUGUCUCUGGAGUGGAAUGUUCCAGUUCUGCAGAACCAGUUCCAGAUCCUGGACUACCAGCUCCGCUACCGCCCCAAG